AUGAACCCCCCCCCGCCUCCACCUCCACAUGGGGCGAAUCCCAAAUCAUCUGGGCUUCCGGAUGGACCUUACGACAUCUUUAUAAUACCUCCACACUCCUCGGGCGGCGGAUUCAUAUAUCUGCCGUCGCUAAAACCGAACAUUAACAGCUUUAUUGCUGGAGUUGCUUCAGGUGUCCUGCUCUGUGUUAUCUUAAGCGCUUUAGCUCCAGCAGCACAAGCUUGGUGGAAUGGCGUCAAAGGUUCUGGAGGAGGUGUUGUUUUGGUUGUGGUGGCAGUCGGGCUCGGGGCAUGGGCUUUGGGAAGGACACAAACUGAUGGCGGCCCCGGACCAGGUGGUGGGCCAAGUGGCGGGACUCCGGGCUCUGGUAGCGGUGCAUAUUCUGGCACGCAUUCGAAUACUCACUCGAAUGGCUAUGCUGGUGCUGGUGCUGCGCCUCCACCUCCUAGACCAGGCCCUGCACCUGGACCUGGCUCCGCAGGAGGGCCUAGAGCUGGAUGGCAGCGAGCAAAUCCCCCACCAGGCGCCACUGGUGCCUCUGGUCCCCAGCCAGAUUCCAAUACAGCUGACGGCUCAGCCAAAGGAGCUUGGGAGCGAGCGCGAGAAGAAACAAAACGAAAGGAAGAGGAAAGAAAAACAAGAGAGGCUGAACAGAAGAGAAAGGAUGAGUUGGAGAGGAAGCUACGAGAAGCCCGGGAGAAAGAGGCUCGUGAACGAGAAUCUCGAGAGCGGAGGCAGAAGGAAGAAGAGGCCAAAGCCAAGGAAAAGCUCCGGGCAGAAGUAGAGAAGGAAUUGGAAAAGGAACGGGAGAAAGAUAGAGAGAGACAGAAAGCCAAGGAGAAAACAGAGGCCGAGGUACGAGAGCGUGAAAUCCAACAGAAGCUACAGAAGGAAAAGGAUGAGAAGGCUAAGGCAUGGGAAAAGCAGAAAGAAAGGAUAAAGCAAACUCUAUUAGAGAGGGAAAAGGCAAAACUCGCAUCCCAGAAGGACGAGGGGAAACCAAGUGGAGGCAGCUACGCUUUCUCUGCAACUGGAGAAAAGGUAAACCCUUGGCCCAAUGGACGACCUGCAUCUCAACCGCCAUCGCCUGUUAAACGACCUCCUCCUCCAACAGCAAAGACAUUUCGCGAAGCCGAUGACGAUGCAUAUUCCUACCGACCGUACGAUAAACCAAAGAAGCCGAUGCAUAGCAAAGCACCUUCGUCAAUAUAUUCCGAAGGCUCAUAUGCCCCUUCGCAAUCCACAUCCCGAACGACACCGCCACCUUCGCAUCGAGGCCCCUACAGCACAAAGGAUCCCGACAAGAUUGUUAUUAAAGCCGUCUAUGCCUUCAACAACGCCUUCAUGAAAACCCCGACUUCGCAACUGGUAUCUGGAGUAGGAUCAGUUACCGAUGGCCUGAUAUUAAGAGUCACAACGGAAGGUCUCUUCAUUGAUGAUGAUGUCCGUGGCGUCCCACAACGAGAAUGGGACGUCAAAGCCUGGACAAUGAAACUCGUAGAGGUAUGGUGUCCAUCUUUCCGCCAGGGCCCCGCUGGCAAUUCUGCAUCUGCUCGCGUUGCUUCUUCUGCGCCUUCUAAAAAUAACCCUAUUCGUCGAUUGUGGGGUAUGGAUAAGGAUAAAGCUGCUACUUCGGAAGAAACCGAUGCGCUUUUGAUCGAUAUGUUACAGCUUUGCCGCGACAAUUGUCGUUCCCGUUCCGCGAGUUCUGCUUCGUCUGCUUAUUCUGCGAGUACUGCGAGUUCUUAUGAUGAUCGUUCCUCUGUCACUGAUUCAGCUUAUGCGUCGUCUGUUGGCUCGUGGUCUUCGCCUUCCAGAGAUAAGAGAACUGACAAACGUGGGCAGACUGGAGAAUUGAAGGCCGCAAGGCUUCAUGUGUUGAGAGCAAGUAUUAGGGACCAGGAGGGGAAGAAAUACAUAUUCGUCAUUUCUGAGGAGGAGAGUUGGAAGGUCUCGGUGGGUUUGCAGAGGCUGAGGAAGGGUAGUCAGGUCAGGGCUUUGGGGGUUAGCGGCAUGAGUACUGCUGACGCGCGCGGGACGUUGGAGCACCUUGGUUGGGUAUAA